AUGGCGAAAACAGAGAGGCGCUGGAGGAACUUAGAUGAAAAUGAAAUUUUUCCUGACCUCGAAACAGAAAUAAUUCCUCCCACCCCACCAGAUCAUGUAGGUCUGCCUCAGGAGUAUUUCAGUAGGGUGAGGUCGCUCGAACAAUACACAAGACGAAGCAACAUUGAAAUCAGUGGCAUCCCAGCGUCUCCGAAAGAAGAUGUUAUCAAGCUGGUGAAAGACGUUGGAGCUGUGAUCGGCGUGUCUGUAGAGGAGUCGCAGAUCAACGCGGCACAUCGUGUACCCAGCUUCCGCAGCGACCGGGCCCCUUCUCUUGUGGUGCAGUUCAACGCCAGGACCGUCAGAGACAUUUGGCUACAGAAGUUUAGGGAGAACAGGGCAUCAGCCACAGCGGAUAAGGUAAACUCGGCCUUUCCUAAAACCAGUCUCUUUGUAAAUGAACACCUCUCUCCAAUAAAUAAGUUAUUUCUAUCCAAACUAAAAAAGAAAUGUCGCGACAUCGGCUAUGCUUUUGUCUGGUGUCGUGAGGGGAAAUUCUUUGUUAGAAAAGCUAAUGGUGAAAAGUGUAUCAAGAUUGAAAAUGAAGCAGACAUUGAAAAACUCAAGUAA